GACACUCUUCUGCUUCCUGCCUGCCUGCCUCGCUCGCUUGCUCCGUCGCUGAGAGAGAAAGAGAGAGAGAGACACAUCGAGAGAAAAUCCCUGUCUAGGCAUGGACCUCCGGCUGCAGCACUCGGCAGCUGGUGAGGAAUGACAACAGUUCACAUGGUCAUUAACUCCAGUCGCUGAGGCUGAAGGGAAAACUGUGCUGUAGCUCAGUGUCACAGAAGCACCGGGUGCCUCCUAUGUUCGGGACAGCAGACACACGGAGGCACGCAGCAGAGCUCCGGGACCCGAGUGGAACGAGAUCGCUGACAGAAAGUGCCUUGUGAAACGACAUCCUUACUUGAAGAUCCCCGGGUGUUUCUGAAGAGCUCCAGAUUUUCCCCUCUGCAGUCGUGACAGGACAGCCGCCACAAACACCCCCGACCUUUCUCUUUGUCCUUACCUGUGCUGAGUGUGGAGAAACCCCAAGUGAAGCGGUGGAGCUACUGCACCGCUGGCCAAGGUGCCAAAGCUUCGAGAGAGAAAGCCACAAACUUUGUGUUCUAAACUGUGCCAUCGCACCUCAAAAUAGCACCUUCGUUGCUCCCUAACAUCCAACCUUUGCACAGAUAUCAUCACUCAUACAUAGGUCAUUUUUGGGGACAUCGGUACAACCAGUAGAGCUUGUCUCUGAGCAUGCCCCCUCUGCCCAGUCAGAGGUUCGCACCUGAGACUUACUGAUUGAUGAACAAUUAGCAGUGUGACUGACAAACUCCACAACAGAAGCGCAGUCCCAUGCUCCGGUCACAGAGACAUUGCCAGUCCAUUACCUCCACUUUCCUGUCCGCAAGGACAAACCUCAUCCGCUGACCUGAAGCAGAUCAUUUAUAGCUGCAUGUUCCAUCACUUUUAGUUGUUUUAUUUUUUAUUUUUUUUUUACUGGAACACUCUGAAACGCCUCCUCAGAGGAUAGCCUCCUCCUCAAACCAAGUGGCUCCACUCCACCACAGCUCCACAGCCAGCGCCGCUGACAUGGCUCUAAACAUUGCCUCGAUACGGGACACAAAAUGGCUGACCCUGGAAGUGUGCCGGCAGUUUCAGAGAGGGACUUGUUCACGCAGCGAUGAGGAAUGCAAAUUUGCCCACCCACCCAAAAGCUGCCAGGUGGAAAACGGGAGGGUGAUUGCCUGUUUUGACUCGUUAAAGGGCCGCUGCACGCGAGAGAACUGCAAAUACCUCCACCCGCCCGCUCACCUGAAGACCCAGCUGGAGAUCAACGGGCGAAAUAACCUGAUCCAGCAGAAGACAGCGGCCGCCAUGUUGGCUCAACAGAUGCAGUUCAUGAUCCCUGGCACCACCAUGCAACCUGUGCAGACGUUCCCGGUCAGCCAGGGCCUGGGCUCCAGCGCGGGUCUGAGCUACACCCCCUACCUGACUCCCAUGUCCCACAGCAUGGGCCUGGUGCCCACAGACAUCCUGCCCAGCUCGCCUGUCAUCGUCCCCGGCAGCCCGCCUGUCUCCGUCACCGCCGGUUCCUCCUCCAACCAGAAACUGCUGCGUACCGACAAGCUGGAGGUGUGCCGCGAGUUCCAGCGGGGCAACUGCGCCCGCGGCGAGACCGACUGCCGCUUUGCCCACCCGAGCGACAGCCCCAUGAUCGACACCAGCGACAACACGGUCACCGUCUGCAUGGACUACAUCAAGAGCCGCUGCUCCCGCGAGAAGUGCAAGUACUUCCACCCCCCGGCCCACCUGCAGGCCAAGAUUAAGGCCGCCCAACACCAGGCCAACCAGACGGCUGUGGCUGCGCAAGCCGCCGCCACAGCUGCAGCCAUGACUCAGUCGACUGCCAAAGCAAUGAAGCGACCCCUCGAGGCAACUGUAGACCUGGCGUUCCCCCACGGCGUCCUCCAGCCCCUACCAAAGAGACAAGCACUUGAGAAGAGCAACGGAGCGAGCUCCCUGUUCAACCCCAGUGUUUUGCACUACCAGCAGGCGCUGGCCAACGCACAGCUCCAGCAGCCAGCUUUCUUUCCCACAGGGUCAGUCUUGUGCAUGACUCCUGCUAGCAGUCUUGUCCCAAUGAUGUACAGUGCUACGCCUGCUACUGUCUCUGCAGCAACAACUCCUGCCACAAGUGUCCCCUACGCAGCAACAGCACCAGCCAAUCAGAUCAUCCUGAAGUAAGUGUCAGGAAGGGAACGGAGUGUCACGAAGCUGCACUAGGAAACCCAAAACAGCCCCUGUGUAAAUACUACCUUGCCUCUCCCGUAGAGGUCCAGCAACCUGCAUGCUAAGAGUGUAACACUUCAAUUUAACCGUAAGAACUGCAGUGCCGGUGUAACACACACAUAAAAAAAAAAAAAAAAAGAUAUAUACUGUAUGUAUUGCUAGAAAAAAAAAUUAACAUGAAAAAGUCAAAAAUAUUCUUAUGUAUAGUACUACAUACAUAGCAGACACACUAUAGAGGUCAUUUUAACAACUGUUCUCCCAAAGUACCGUGGAUCCCCUCUCUUUCAUAUUUAUUCUAAAAGAACGCUGCACAAUGUUCAUCCCUUUGGUUAGUCAAAAACAAGACGCUUGAUUUGCACUAUACGAGACAUAUAGUGCGAAAUGUUCGAGUGGGAAACAGGAAGAGUCACAGAAAACCUCCGUGCACAACCACACCAACACCAACGCACUCGGCGCUUUCAAGAGUGUUCUCGUCGUUUGCUUUCCUCUCUACAAAGUUGAAUGUCCUUGGGGCAGACAGGCUCAUGUUUUCUUAAUGUGACUGUCCCUGCGAGGGUACCUUCAUGACCCUCGUCUGCCCCAGAUGCUGUUAAGAUGCCAUGACGAAGCUUAUCCUCCCCUCCCCCCCUGCCAACUCAUCAUCUCCGGAAACAUCUUGCCAAAGUUGAAGAGGUCGGUGGACUCAACCUGCCAGAAAGCAGAGCAUUUUAACACCCUGAUAAAAUUCUUUUUUGUUUUUCUUGCCAUUGCGAAAGCUGCUCACAACGCACCCUUUAUUUGUUUCGGUGCUGGGUUCAGUUCUUUGUUGAGGAGGAGUGGUGGGAUAGAUUGUGCACGGAUCUCUGCAUGCAGGCAGUCGGGACUGGGGGACGACAGUGCCCGGUGUUGACGGAAGAUAGUCGUGGCCAUUACCGAAAAGCCUAAAGGCUCGGGUCUGUGCCAAGGGCUUAACAAAGCUUGAGGGAUCGUUCCAGACAUACCAAGCCUUGUGUGUGUGUGUGCAUGUGUGUUCGUAUCUGGAUGGUCUGCCGGCAGACUGGGACUUGAAGUGAGGUCUAGCAGGUGAUGGCAACACCAGGCCCGGUAGGAGAGGUUUUCGGGGGGUGGGUGAGGGGACUUAAGUGCUAAGACUAAACAAAAAAAAAAAAUCGGUGCAUUUGACGACGCUCGUCAAGCAAAAGAUGACUUGAACUUCGACUGGAGGGCUAUCUGUGACCGUCGGUUGUCCUGUCCAACCCUACUAUCACCGAUAAUCCUGUUCCAUUUUAGAAAACUGUAGAAGUGCCUAAAAAAUGCUCAUCAUCAACACGUUCAUCCAGAGUGUAUCACUAAAAGUCACAGACACAACACACUGGCUGUCGGAGGCGGCUUGGACUUUUUCGGGAAAGACAUCACAUCCAAUCGUUGCCGGACACAGUUACCCGGUAACCGUUCAUUAACAUCACAAGUGACUUUAUCGAAACAAAAGAAGUUAAAGAAACGACAAAUCAAAAAUAGCUUUGUAGAAUGUUUGGUGACUUUCACGGUGUACCAUCGUUUCUUACCAUGGUUUGAGUAGUUUACAUGAGGAACGUGAGUGCGAAAAAAAAAUGUAUUGUAAACUGUGUAAUGUAUGUAAAGUGUCUCUUAUUUUGAGAGUUUAUAUUCAUGGUUCUAGAAAUGUAUUCAAAGUUAUUUAAAAAUUUGUGUUGUGUCUGCUAUCAAGGUAUUUUUGAACCCCAAAACCCUCCACCAUCUCCACCUCCACUACCACCCAGAACAAUCAUUUGUCUUUUAGCCAUUGUUUUAUUCUUUUAGACCAACCCUCCCGUUAUAUUUAACUCAUACUAAAUCUUAUUUCAAAAAUUCUGAUGUAAUCCCAUGGUGCUUGAUUAACAUCGACAAUCCACAAUCAUACCUUUGGACGGAGUGCUCCACUCUGGUUUCAUCCACUCUGAUUGUCUCCACACGCAUUAUGAUUUGUAUGUAAUAUUUGUGGAAGGUGGUGAAAGUUUUAUUUUGUUGUAAUUUAUCUUACGUUACUCUUGGUCAAAAUUUUAGUCAAAAACAAUGUUGUUAACUAUUCUAUUUUGAAAUGAAUGUAAUUUAUUGAGCUGUGCUACGUUCUGCACGGUUGGUCAUUUCAAGGUCUAACCUGUCAGGUCAGCGAAUGAGAAGUCGCGCACAUGUCUGAGGGGUGGGGCUUUAAAAGCCGGCCCACCAAUAGGAAAAAGCUACUGGAUCUUUCUUGCCUUCUCAUCGAUUAUAAAGAUCACGGUGUUGCAGUAAUGAGCAUAGUUAUAGAGUUGCUUGUGUUGUUGGAAAAAAAUGUUUAUUGUAUAGAUGACAUUUUACCAAAAAAAGAGACGAAAAUUUCAAAAAAGAUGUACUUUUCACUCUAGUAUAAUAGUAUUUCAUAACAAUAUUAAGUUGUUGCUGUGGCAACCAAAUGUUGCAAUUACUAAAGUUCGGUAUUUUUGUAAAUGACAUUGUUAAGUUGAUUUUUUGUUUGUUUUUGCUAGAACACUGUACACAAGGUAGAUUGUAAAGAAGAUAUGAACAUUUCUUAUUCUUCACUGAGAUUAUGACAAUGACCUAAUAUUUUCAUUAGCAAAUAACAGCCUGUAUAGUGCUGUGACUGUAACACUUCAAUAGAUUUAAAGUCAUCAAUGUUACAUAGAUUAUAUAUAAAUAUAUAUAUAUAAGAACUAAAUAAUCUAUAAAUUAAUAAGUUCAGAUGUACAACUCUUCCCCUGACAAAGGACCUUUAGGUUCCACACUGAGACAUUUUAUUCGAGGCAUAUGUAUCACUAGAGUUAAGGAUUGCACUUUUCAUAUUGUUUAAAGAUGUGAUCUGUUUUUUAAUUUCCUUCGAGGGUUUAGCUGCGCCCUGCUCGUACAGUCAAUCUGUUCAUCAAUCAAAAAGCAGACACCACCGGUAAAUAACUUCAAUUCAACAUGUUGCAUGACAAAACGAGAUUUUCUUUUCUUACUAAACGAUAACGUACUGAAUGUUUCUAGUGAAAAAAAAAAAAGUCCCACGACGCCCUUGUGUAUGGAAUCCUCUUGAGAUGUAAUGUUUUUUUGAAAUGUGUCGGCAAUGAUUGACUGAUGGGAAAAAAAAUAUGUAAGCACUUUCUGAGCAGUUGGUCAACUGAGCAGACUCAGCUUAUCCAAACACUUUGCCUUAUCUUGAGUCCAUCGUGCUUAAGGUUUUAUGUUUUUAAGAGCUCUUAUGAAAUCUAUUAAAGAGACCUAAAGGAGUCUCGUUUUUCAAACCCCUUCUCAGUUUCAUUUCAAAUAUCUUUAUAUCAAAAAUCAUGUUUUCUAGGGUAUUAAUGCACACAUCACAAGGCCAAAAGGGGGCGACUGCAA